GGUCGACGCGGUGAGGAACUCCCUCAGUGGGGACCAAAGCGCCACGGGGAGCAGCCUUUCCGAAGCCAAUGCACAGCGGAUGGUCGACACUCUCUGCAAGAUGCGAGGGGCAGCUCUGAAGAUCGGGCAGAUGUUAAGCAUUCAAGACAGCUACUUGCUCAGCCCCCAGCUGCAGCAGGUCUUCGAGCGUGUCCGCCAGAGUGCAGAUUUCAUGCCUGUCUCGCAGAUGACUGGGGUGCUAUCCGAAGAACUGGGCACUGACUGGCGUGAGCGGAUGGCCUCCUUUGACGAAAUGCCUUUUGCUGCUGCCUCUGUGGGGCAGGUGCACCUUGGAGUGCUGAGGGAUGGGAUGGAGGUGGCAAUGAAGAUCCAGUAUCCCGGCAUUGCCCAGAGCAUCCAGAGCGACGUGGACAACCUUCUGUCGGUACUCAGGAUGAGCACGAUGUUCCCGGCAGGCCUGUUUGCAGACAACACCCUGCAGGUCCUGCAGAAGGAGCUGGAGAGGGAGUGCGACUACGAGCGGGAAGCCAGCAGCACCAAGAGGUUCAGGCAGCUUCUAGAAGCCGACCCUUUCUUUGAGGUGCCGGAAGUGGUCGACGAGCUGUCUACCAAGAGGGUGCUGUCUAUGGAGCUGGUGGGGGGCAUCCCGCUGGACCAGUGCCAGGAAUUGGACCAGGGGACUCGCAACGAGAUCUGCUCGCAGGUCCUCCGUCUUUGCCUCCGGGAGCUCUUCGAAUUUCGGUUCAUGCAGACGGACCCAAACUGGUCUAACUUCUUCUACGACGCUGAGAGACGCAAGAUCACCCUGCUGGACUUUGGGGCUAGCCGGGAUUUUUGCAAGCAGUUCACUGACCACUACAUUGAGGUGGUGAGAGCCGCUGCUGAUGGCGACAGAGAGAAAGUGCUUCGGAAAUCAAAGGACCUGGGAUUCCUGACUGGAUUUGAAAGCAAGGUCUUUGAGGAGGCCCACGUGGAUGCAGUGAUGGUCCUGGGCAAGGUCUUCUCGACCCCGGGGCCCUUUGACUUCAGCUCCCAGGACACGACCCGCUGCGUCCAGGACCUGAUCCCCGUGAUGCUGAAGCACCGCCUGUGCCCCCCUCCGGAGGAGAGCUACUCCUUGCAUCGCAAGAUGGCCGGUGCCUUCCUCCUCUGUGCCCGUCUCGCUGCCGCUGUGCCCUGCCAGGAGCUGUUUGAAGAGGCCUACAGCCAGUACACGGGCCGGGAACAUGCCGCCCGUGUGGCAAGGGGAGCAGGGGGAGACCCCUUCUAGGCUGCAGUGAGGGUCUCUGCCCGCUUCCACUUGGUCACGAGGCCUGGCUGCCUUGGCGCAUAGGUAGCCCACCGUGUCUGCUGGGUCGCCCGAGAGAUCAGCUCACCAAAGGGGUCAACAGAAGAGGGUUGGUCUCCCGUCCCUCCCUGGCCAGGAACCGGCCUUCGUCUCCAAGGAAAUCCUGCUGCUUUGGGGGCCUAAAGCGAAGCCUGCCUUCCCUCUGCUGGGCCCGCCCUGUUCUCUGUCGCAUUUCUGUGGGAAGCGCACCAGCAACAUGGGGGGCUGUGUGGGGCUGUGGGUUGCGAGGGAAAGGGAA